CCAGCUGUCGCCUGCACCGCAUCUCUGUCUAUUCCAAUAAGCGACGCACUCCACCUUCCCGGCCCUUUACUUUUCGUUUGUAUUGAACUAUGGCCCAAGGAGAGUUGUGGUCUACACUAGUCACUGCAAUCGACCCGGGAAAUAUCAGAGCUAUGCCGGCUGUCCUUCAGUCAACUAUCGAUCUGUUAGAGACUGAACUGGCCAGGGCCAGGGCCGCGCUCAAAGAAAUCCAACCUGAUUCUGCACCCAUCUUGAUACCCGGUGAUGAACUUGCCGUUGGGGCGAUUGCAGCUUAUCGUCAAAAUCUUAUUGCACGAGCCUCAGACUUUUACUAUGGCUCCCGCCGCCUGUCUCCCAAGGAGGUGGGACUAGUCCCUGUCAUUCAAGAGGUACAAUCAGGUGAAGAAGAGGAUAAGGAGACACGGCAAAAACCUGAUGGUAUUAUUAUUGUGACGCCUCCCAAGCAAGUUUCCCUCCUGGACGUUCUCUCAAACAGCUUGAUUCUCGAUCAUAUGGCUCCGUACCUUUCAGUCCCAACACUGUUUGCCCUAGCCUCAACGUCGCACGUUCUUCGUACCACGAUUAUGGAAACUCCGUAUAUCUUUCGGCAUCUAGAUCUGACCCAAUGUCCUCGGCACUGGCUUCCUAGUAAGUUAUUAAGGAACUCGGAAGCCCGGAUUAGUAGCAGUGAACGUCUGGAGAACCCCUCGACAGAAGAUACACCCUAUUUGGUCCCUCUUCAAAGAAGAUUUGCUAGUCUGGGGCGGAGUUCUAUCCUCCAAGAUGUGCGAACUCUAAUCUUGGAUGGUCUUUCUGUUCCCGCAGAUCUGGUUGCGGAACUUAUCUUGACAGAUCGUUUCAAUGUAAACCUACUGUCAAUAAGGGAAUGUUGUGAUCUAAAUGAGCGCAAGUUGAUACAAGUGCUUCAGCAUGCUGUCCGGCCUUCGCGUCCCAAAGGGACCCCUCGGGUGAAAGGCAUUUAUUACUUUACCCCGGUGAGCCAGCCAAGAGCCAUGAUGCGAAGCCGCUACCGUGACUGGUGGAGUUCCAGAUGUACUCUUCCAACGAGCAACGGAGCCCUGGAGCCGCCAUCCUCCGAUGACUCUCAGGAGAGCGCAUUUUAUUAUCAGAAUGCGUGGUAUCGCCCCUCUGGAAAACUUAUACCUCGCUCUAUCGAGGAAGGCUGGGCCCAUACCAUUCAACAGUGCGAGGGUAUCAUUUCUUUUGACGCCGUACUGUGUCGUGGACCCCAGCAUAAUGUUGACCUCUACACAUCGCUAGGACAUAACGACGAUGGGUAUCGGCCCGAAGGUCAGCCACUCGGACCGGCAAUUGCCACCGUCGCCCUAGGUCCCAGAGGGUGCGACGGUUGCCGUACUUCACCAGAAGGCCCAGCAGUCUGGGGUGAAUCUCCGGAAAGGCAGUUUCCUUUGUUGGCCCCUCUCCCUUUGCAUUCGUCAUCUAUAGCUGUGGCGAAGCGUCCAGUGCUCUUUCCUGAUGCGCACCCUAUCCUGGUUGCCCGUUGCGCUGAGUGCUUGAACGAUCGCUGGUGUCGUCGGUGCAACAAAUGGUUCUGCAAGAACUGCCUACCGAGUCCCGAACGGGCGAGGACUAACUUAUCACCCCAUCAAACUGCGGUCAGGGGGCCGCGAGCUAGCCAGGAUACAAAUUUAUCCCACGAGCGAAGAAGAUUCCGACUUGGAGUGAGCAGAGACUGCUGGGAAUGCGGGCCGACGUGUGCUACCUGCAAAAUUGAAUGCCAACGGACGUGCCAGAAUUGCCAAGGAGAAUAUUGUGUUGAUCAUAAUGAAGGUUGCUCUCCAACAAUGUGUGAUUGGUGUAACACAAGUGCGCGUCAUCAAUUUAGGCAGCUCUAUUAACAUGCGGGUAAGUUAAAUGGGCACUUCACGAUAUACCCAGGGAAAGCCCUAUCGAGAUACCAUGAAGUGAAUUAUUGUUCACGUCUUUCCACAUAUGUCAAGGACUUUGUUCUUUUCCCAAUUCCGAUAGCUUUGUGAACCUUGUCCUUCCUUGACUUGAACAAGCAGGCUUGCUUGAAGCCAGCCGAUACGCUCUUUUCCAUCUGAAUUACGGGAUAUCUUAUGUCCUGGGAAACAUGAAGCCAAUGAAGUAAUGUGGCUGUGCCGUUUAUAUCCACCAAAUCUACUCUGUAGAAGUUGUCCACUAGCUUCAAGUUAAACGUGAGACCAAAGGCAGUCCUAUUCUUAAGCUCUUUGUGACUUCCGUCCUUUCCUCGAUCAAUGAUGGAAUAGUCUUCAGAUACGGUAAGCCAUUGGUACUCCUCUAAGAGUGUUCUGGCUAGAUGGCUGAAUAUCUAAUCCAUUCUUUUCCCUGUUUAUUGAUCAACCCCCUUCCUACAGCUAUAGACUAUAGUAGAAAUAGACGAUAGUACCCCUCUAGAUUACUUGAGUACCCCAACGAAUUCAACUCUGUCAGCAGGUAAAAUCGACUAGUCAAACUUAUGGCAGAGUGGCCAUAUUGGCUUGCCGUGACUAGAACCACAUAGCAAUUUCAGAAACUACUCGUAGAAGCCUUAGGUUUGGGUCGCCCAUUUAGGGGCAA